AUGGCCGGCGCCCGCCCUCCCUCCCGCCCUCCCUCCAGCGAGGUGCGGGGUCACUCACCGGGCCGGUGCGUGGCCGUCGGGGACCGGUGUCCCCCGCUCGCUCCCUCGCUGCCCUCCGCCGAAGGGCCGGGGAGGAGGAGGGGACACGCUCCGGAGUUGGUGCCGCCGGCCGGGGGGGGGCGAGGCGGGAUGCGGGUCUCGCACACAACACACACGCACACAACACACACGCACGGAGUUGCUCGCUCGCACCGGGGCUGGGCUAAGAGGGGAGGAGGGGGAUCCCUGACCGGGGCGGGCAGGCGAAGGAGGGGUGGAAGGGAGGGGAGGGAGAGGAAGGGUCAGCGCGGGUCUCGGGAAACCCCCCCUCCCGCCCCGGGCGGGGGAAGGGCGGGGGUCACUAACCUGCCUGCGCGCAGCCCGCCAGCGCCCCGCCGGGGCUCCGGCCGCCCGCCGGCCCAGGGAGCGCUGCCGCGGGGCACGGCGGGGCACGGCGGCUUCCGUGCGCUCCCCGCCGCUCCGCUCCGCUCCGCCGCACUGACCGGGCCGAGGGGCGCCGCUCCGCGCCGCCCGCAGCGCUCCGCACCUCGGGGUCAGCGCCGCGCCCGCCCCGCCGCGUCCCGUCCCGGGAAACUCCCGGUGAAGCCCGGGGGGUGUGUUGUGUGUGAGGUGUCACUGUGUCACUGCCGCUCUUCAAACUUCCCAACCGCGGCGGCGAAGCGAAACCGAGAGGCGUCCCGGGAGGUUGCCCGGCCCCCCGGCGCCCGCCCCGGCCCCGGCCUCUGCCCCCGGACGGGCAGCGGGCACCGCGACCCCGCCCGCCUCUCUCACCCCGGCCACCGGGGCGGGGCGGGGCGGGGCGCGCAGGAUCGCCCGAGACCGCGGUUUGGGGUGGACUUUGUCCCGAGCGGGUCGGGCUCUCAAAGGGAAGCGGCCAUUAAGCGCUGCCCGCCCGCUCGCCCGCGGCAGCGCCCCCGUCCCGGCGGGGCCGCGCUCCCCCGGCACCGGCACCGGCACCGGCACCGGCACCGCUCUGCCGCUGCCCCGUUUGAAAGCCGCGCAUUCGAGUUCGAGAUAGAUACAAACCGAAACAAACUCAUUCCAGCAAUGGAAACACACGAGACUGAGAAUAUGUAGUGGCCAACAGAGCACAGAUGAUAAUGAUAUGCCAUAAGCUGAAGGAAAAGAAUAUUCUUUUUUCAGAAGAAAUAAUUCACCAACCCACAGCAUGCUGAAAUACCAAGAGCACGUGGAUUUUGGAGCAGCACUCAGGACUCCCAUUUCCAUCUUUGACGGCUCAGCAGAAUGUGCCUCUUCUUCCAGGGACAGACACAGCUACAGCAGCACUGGCAAUUUCUGACCUUUGUCCUUAAUAAAUGGAAGGCACCAUA